UCGAGUUUUCAGAGCAGUUUAAUCAUACAUUUCACACCACAAAGAAGUCAAUACUUUUUGAUUUUGAGUUCUGAAGCGAGCUACCUACAUGUUGCCAUAGUCAAGAUGAACCCGUGCAAGAACAAGGAAGUCGGUGCCGAUGGAUUGUUCGUGCGAAAGCGCUUCCAUCGACAUCCCGUGGUGAUUUCGGCCAAGCGUUUUGCGGCAAUCCAGGGAAGAUCGCGCCAGGAUGAGAAGCACGCCCAAUUGGAGGCCGUGGAGGAGGAGCGCAGGUACCGGCAGUACCUGAAGGAUGGCAACGACCUGCUGUGCAGCCUGUUCACCGAUCCCAAUGUGCCCCGGGUCCACAAGUCGGACAGGGCCAAGAGCAAGGAGGCGCUGACUGUGGUCAAGGAGGUGACCACCAAGCUGAUGGACGAGCGACGCCGCAAGCAGCGUAUCCUGCGAGCGAAUCUUCUGCUGGAUCAACUGAAGCCCGGACCGCGAGCCCUGCACCAGGCCCUGCUCCUCAGUGAGAUGAUCCACCAGAGGAAGUACAACGAGGGGCUGAACGAAGAGAUCGCUCAGGCAGCUCGUGCCCAGGAGCGGGCCGACGAGGAGCUGUGUCCUGCGGCCCUGGUGCCCUUCGGUCAUGCCACCGAGGAGGAGGAGGUGGCCCGCCAGCAGGAGCGGAAUGCGGCACAUGCCAAGUGCAUGCGCGAGGACAUCGCGGCGCGGGAGAAGAUCAGGGAGGCCGAGCGGGAGGAGAGGAUCUUCGAGGUGCAGGUGGACCGGGCGCAGUACAAGUGCCUGCAGGACAAGGAGGAGCAGGCGCUCAAGGAGAAGAAGGCCCGCAGAGUCGAAUUCUACCGCAAGGCCCAUCGGGAUGCCAUCCAGGAGAAAGCCGAGAUUGCAGAGCACGAGCGCAUUUGUGAUGCCAUCGACGACCGUCGCAACUGCGUGUACAUAGUGGCCAGUCGCAACCUGGACACUCGCUAUGGCAGCCAUGUCAAGAAGCUGCGUCAGAAGCGCAUCCAGGAGCGGGCGGAUCGGGCUGUGGUGGUCAGCCAGGCGCAGCAGGAGCAGCAGAGGAAGCUGGAGGAGCGGCAGGCGAAGGCGGAGGAUCGCUACUCUUUCGAGACGCAGGUGGACGAGAAUCGGCGCCAGUGCGAGCGGGAGAUGCUGGCCCGGGAGCGCCGGAGGUACCAGCUGGUGGAGCGGCAGCAGGAGGCGGAGAAGCUGCGACGCCAGCAGGAGCUGCAGCGCUUCCAUGUGGCGCGUCGCCUCAAGAACGCCGAGGCGAAUCGCCACUUCGAGGCCUCGCAGAAGCGCAAGCGGGACCAGGUGAAGGAGGAGCUGCGCACCGUGCUCUUUGGCCAGCGGCAGGAGUUCCUCGAGAAGCGACGCGCCGAGCUGAUGAACCUGGCGGCCUGCAACGAAGAUCCCUACCUCGACGACGACAAAAAGUUCUUCGAGCAGGCCGUGCAGAUCAUGGAGGAGUCGCGCCGUGUGGGUCGCCCCCUAUACCCCAUAGCCACGGCCGUGGAGCGGUACGAGCGGCAGAACCAGCUGGACAUGCGACCGGAGGGCAGGAUGGUGAAGCGCAGCCGACUGAGGGACUACUGCUGGCCGGGCUACUACUCCAAAGCGGAGCUGGCCUACCGCAAGUACGAGCAGCGGGAGAUGUGCCGCGAGGAGCAGGUGGCCGAUCGCCACCAGAUCUACUGCAACUCGGUGAAGAUCAAGAAGCUGGCCGAGGUGGAGAAGCCCUACACGCCGUGCGUGGCCUCGUGUCCCAUCAAUUGCUUCCAUCGCCGUGGAAUGCCGGCCACGGAUAGCCGGGAUUCCUUUGACUACGCCCGUCAUGUUUGCUACACCGAUCCCCCCACCAUAGCUGCUUGUCCCGGACCCAUGCAGGUCAUACACAACGAUCCGCUGGACAACCGCCGACGGAUCAGCCGGGAGUCCAUCAAACUGCCACCCAUGCCGGAGAUUGAAAAGAGGGAGCCGAGUGUCUUUAAAAAGGUUGCUCAAAGGGUUAUGGGCUCCCUGAAUGAUCCCAAACUGCUGCCCGUUGUCAAGGAGACAGACACCAGCUUGAGAGCUCCACCGCCAGCUAGUGUUCCAUCAUCACCGCCAGCAGAGAAACCCCUGCCCAAAUCCCAGCCACCCAGAAUAAAACGCGGUUCCAGGAAGGCCAGUUCAUUGGUGAAACCUCCACCAACUGGCAAUGAUAGGCCAGCACCAGUGCCCAAUCCCCAGGGAACCUGGGGCUCUGGAUCCUUGCAGCCCAAUGCCAUCAAGAAGAAAUCCAAGUGACCAAGACAUUGUUUAAUCAAAAUUUACGUUUCAAGAACUUAUUGCAUUGAUGUUGUACGUUAGCAAAGAAUAAAUAUGAAGAAAAAAAAUA